AUGAUAAGUAGUAAUAUUCAUCUAUCUAUCUAUCCAUCUAUCUAUCUAUCUAAGUUAUAUUCGUAUUUAUCUAUGGCUGUUCGUAACUAUCUAUCAAUCUAUGUCUCUUCGUAUCUAUCUAUGUCACUCUUUUUCUUCAAAUUUCAUUCAAUCAGUUGGUCAGCCAAUUUUUUUCUCUCUCUCUCUCUCUCUCUCUAUGUCUCUCUCUCUCUCUCUCUCUCUGUGUCUUUCUCUCUUUCUUCCUCAAUCUGCUUCUCUUAUUUUCACCACAUCUCCUGGCCCAACCUAGAUCUCUUAGAACAAGCACAUUCUGCUGGAACAGCUGGCAACAAAAUGGACGACCUGGUCACAUGCCCAGCAUCGCACCCCUCUUAUUUUUCGAGGGGCGACCCACCAUCUUUCUUUUUUGUGCUGAGACAGCCCAUUGGAUUUUUUUCUUGGUUCUGUCAUCCAGAUCCGCUUGUUAGCUUCAUUUCCAUCUAUCGGCCUCAUUAUCCGAUCCAUAUACUCUCAUUUUCUCUGUCUAUCUAUCUGUCACGCAGGAAAAGAGAAACAAUCCGACAAAAUCCAGUUGCAAUUUUUUUUCUAUUGGCCAGUGACAAAGCUGCAUCCGGGGCCUUUCUUGAGCUCAUUUCUAUCGCUGAAAUGAAUGGUGCUGCUGCAAAAAGGGGUUGUCUGGUGCGAGUGGGAAAAGAAGGUGUUGCUACCGAAGAGGAGGUGCUGAGAAUCUACUUUCUUUCUUUUUGUUUAUCUUUUUAUAUCAUCUCUACUAUUAUUCACUUUCUCUUAUAUUCUCUCCCCUUUUAUUCGGUUUCUUUUAUUUACUUUUUCUUUCAUUGUUCUUUCCUUUUUCCAUCUUAUUUCUCUUUUUCUUUUUCCUUUUUUAAUUUCUUUUUUCUUUCGUUUUUUUUCAGCCUUCGUUUACGUCUGCUUCCUUUCUCUCUUGAUAAUUUCUAUUUAAUUAUUUUAUUUUUUUAA